GGGGGCGCGGAGAGAGUCUCAGAUUGUCUUGAUAAUUUAUUCUUUCGUUCUCUUUCUUUUGCUUCUCUAUUUUUGUUUUUCAGUGUUUUGCUUGUUUUGUUCUGUUUUAGGAUUUUAUUCUCUCUCUCUCUCUCUUUAUCAUAGGGAGAGAAAUCGCUUUGGCAAACCCAGCUUGCAGCCAAUGAACCCGCCUUCCAGAUUGGUGUGAAGACAGAAGUGAGGUGGGGGGAAGGGAGGGGGUGUGAGAGAUCCUGGGAGCGAGAGGGAGAGAGAGGGAGCAAGAAAGGAAGAGAGAGCGAGCGAGAGAGAGCGAGCGAAUAAGAGAGAGAGUAAGAGAGAGAGAGAAGAAGAGGAAGAAGAGGAGGCGGCGGCAGCGGAGGAGGAGGAGGACUAGUGUGGGGUGGAAAGGAAGAGUGAGCGAGAGCAAGUUAAGGGGAGGGGGUGUAAGAGCCAGCGAAUUCUUUUUCUUUUUCUAUUAUUAUUUUGACGACUCCUGAGUUGCGCCCAUGCUCUUGUCAGCUUCGUUUUAGGCGUAGCAUGGCCAGGCAGAAGAAAAUGGGGCAAAGCGUGCUCCGGGCGGUCUUCUUUUUAGUCCUGGGGCUUUUGGGUCAUUCUCACGGAGGAUUCCCCAACACCAUCAGCAUAGGUGGACUUUUCAUGAGAAACACAGUGCAGGAGCACAGCGCUUUCCGCUUUGCCGUGCAGUUAUACAACACCAACCAGAACACCACCGAGAAGCCCUUCCAUUUGAAUUACCACGUAGAUCACUUGGAUUCCUCCAAUAGUUUUUCUGUGACAAAUGCUUGUCCUGCUGAAAGGGACUACCUGCCUUGGCCAGGAAGCAUCAGGGAAAACAACUGGACAGCUCUGCCAUGCUGCAAAGAUCAUGGGCUGCUGCACCUAAAAUGUUCACCAGGUGGGGCCCGCCAAAAUUGGGCCUCUUGUGUCUGGGUCUGCUCCCAGUUCUCGAGAGGGGUGUAUGCCAUCUUUGGAUUCUAUGACCAGAUGUCAAUGAACACCCUGACCUCCUUCUGUGGGGCCCUGCACACAUCCUUUGUUACGCCUAGCUUCCCCACUGACGCAGAUGUGCAGUUUGUCAUCCAGAUGCGCCCAGCCUUGAAGGGCGCUAUUCUGAGUCUUCUGGGUCAUUACAAGUGGGAGAAGUUUGUGUACCUCUAUGACACAGAACGAGGAUUUUCCAUCCUCCAAGCGAUUAUGGAAGCAGCAGUGCAAAACAACUGGCAAGUGACAGCAAGGUCUGUGGGAAACAUAAAGGACGUCCAAGAAUUCAGGCGCAUCAUUGAAGAAAUGGACAGGAGGCAGGAAAAGCGAUACUUGAUUGACUGCGAAGUCGAAAGGAUUAACACAAUUUUGGAACAGGUUGUGAUCCUGGGGAAACACUCAAGAGGUUAUCACUACAUGCUCGCUAACCUGGGUUUUACUGAUAUUUUACUGGAAAGAGUCAUGCAUGGGGGAGCCAACAUUACAGGUUUCCAGAUUGUCAACAAUGAAAACCCUAUGGUUCAGCAGUUCAUACAGCGCUGGGUGAGGCUGGAUGAAAGGGAAUUCCCUGAAGCCAAGAAUGCACCACUAAAGUAUACAUCUGCAUUGACACACGACGCAAUACUGGUCAUAGCAGAAGCUUUCCGCUACCUGAGGAGGCAGCGAGUGGAUGUGUCCCGGAGAGGAAGUGCUGGAGACUGCUUAGCAAAUCCUGCUGUGCCCUGGAGUCAAGGAAUUGAUAUUGAGAGAGCUCUGAAAAUGGUGCAAGUACAAGGAAUGACUGGAAACAUCCAAUUUGACACUUACGGACGUAGGACAAAUUAUACCAUCGAUGUGUAUGAAAUGAAAGUCAGUGGCUCUCGAAAAGCUGGCUACUGGAAUGAGUAUGAAAGGUUUGUGCCUUUCUCAGAUCAGCAAAUCAGCAAUGACAGUGCAUCCUCAGAGAAUCGGACCAUAGUAGUGACUACCAUUCUGGAAUCACCAUAUGUAAUGUACAAGAAGAACCAUGAGCAACUGGAAGGAAAUGAACGAUAUGAAGGCUAUUGUGUAGACCUAGCCUAUGAAAUAGCCAAACAUGUAAGGAUCAAAUACAAAUUGUCCAUCGUUGGUGACGGGAAAUAUGGUGCAAGGGAUCCGGAGACUAAAAUAUGGAACGGCAUGGUUGGGGAACUUGUCUAUGGGAGAGCUGAUAUAGCUGUUGCUCCACUCACUAUAACAUUGGUCCGUGAAGAAGUCAUAGAUUUUUCAAAGCCAUUCAUGAGCCUGGGCAUCUCCAUCAUGAUAAAGAAGCCUCAGAAAUCAAAACCAGGCGUAUUCUCAUUUCUGGAUCCACUGGCUUAUGAAAUCUGGAUGUGCAUUGUCUUUGCUUACAUUGGAGUCAGCGUAGUUCUUUUCCUAGUCAGCAGAUUCAGUCCUUAUGAAUGGCACUUGGAAGACAACAAUGAAGAACCUCGUGACCCACAAAGUCCUCCUGAUCCUCCAAAUGAAUUUGGAAUAUUUAACAGUCUUUGGUUUUCUUUGGGUGCCUUUAUGCAGCAAGGAUGUGAUAUUUCUCCAAGAUCACUCUCCGGGCGCAUUGUUGGAGGGGUUUGGUGGUUCUUCACCCUGAUCAUAAUUUCUUCCUAUACUGCCAAUCUUGCUGCUUUCCUGACUGUGGAGAGGAUGGUUUCUCCCAUAGAGAGUGCUGAAGACUUAGCUAAACAGACUGAAAUUGCAUAUGGGACCCUGGACUCCGGUUCAACAAAAGAAUUUUUCAGAAGAUCCAAAAUUGCUGUGUACGAGAAAAUGUGGUCUUACAUGAAAUCAGCAGAGCCAUCUGUGUUUACCAAAACAACAGCAGACGGAGUGGCCCGAGUGCGAAAGUCCAAGGGAAAGUUCGCCUUCCUGCUGGAGUCAACCAUGAAUGAGUACAUUGAGCAGAGAAAACCAUGUGAUACGAUGAAAGUUGGUGGAAAUCUGGAUUCCAAAGGCUAUGGUGUGGCAACCCCUAAAGGCUCAGCAUUAAGAAAUGCUGUUAACCUGGCAGUAUUAAAACUGAAUGAGCAAGGCCUCUUGGACAAAUUGAAAAACAAAUGGUGGUACGACAAAGGAGAGUGCGGCAGCGGGGGCGGUGACUCCAAGGACAAGACCAGCGCUCUGAGCCUGAGCAAUGUGGCAGGCGUUUUCUAUAUACUUGUCGGAGGUCUGGGGCUGGCCAUGAUGGUGGCUUUGAUAGAAUUCUGUUACAAAUCACGGGCAGAGUCCAAACGCAUGAAACUCACAAAGAACACCCAAAACUUUAAGCCUGCUCCUGCCACAAACACGCAGAAUUAUGCUACAUACAGAGAAGGCUACAACGUGUAUGGAACAGAGAGUGUUAAGAUCUAGGGAUCCCUUCCUACUGGAGGCAUGUGAUGAGAGGAAAUCACUGAAAACGUGGCUGCUUCAAGGAUCCUGAGCCAGAUUUCACUCUCCUUGGUGUCGGGCAUGACACGAAUAUUGCUGAUGGUGCAAUGACCUUUCAAUAGGAAAAACUGAUUUUUUUUUCCUUCAGUGCCUUAUGGAACACUCUGAGACUCGCGACAAUGCAAACCAUCAUUGAAAUCUUUUUGCUUUGCUUGAAAAAAAAUAAUUAAAAUAAAAACCAACAAAAAUGGACAUGCAAGAUUCCAGUAUGGGAAAAAAAAUCUUAUUAAGUCAAUUCAACAAAA